UACUCAAUCAGAAUUAGUUCAUACUGUUAGACCAACUCAGUCAAAUGUGUUUUGUAGUCGAACAGCCUCUGUCAGAGUGUGCUGUCAGUGUAUUCUCCCACUUAGUUGUGGUCUGUAUGCUGAGCACUGUGUUUGUGUGUGUGUGUGUGUGUCUCUGUGUGUGUGUGCACAGGGACAGUUUGUGGUUGUGUUUGCUCAAUAGUGGCACCAGCUUUGUUUCCGGCUUCGCAGUCUUCUCAGCUCUGGGCUUCAUGGCCCACCAACAGGGAAUUCCCAUCAACAUGGUGGUUGAUUCAGGCCCUGGACUGGCAUUCAUCGCAUUCCCUCAGGCUGUGGCCAUGAUGCCCCUGCCUCAGCUGUGGGCCACCUGCUUCUUCCUUAUGCUCAUCCUGUUGGGACUGGACACACUGUUUGUAGGUUUGGAAACAAUUACAUCGACAGUGAUUGACAUGUUCCCGGGACAGCUGCGCAGACCCUGGCGCAGAGAAAUCUUCCUCAUCAUCUUCUGCUCUAUCAGCUUCAUCAUCCAGAUCUCU